AUGAGGUACUAUGCAGAAAAAUACAGGUCUCAAGGGACUGAAUUGUUGGGAAAGACGGUGGAGGAAAGAGGUCAGGUAGAGCAAUGGCUAGAAGUCGAAGCACACGAAUUUGCCCCACCAGUUUACAAUUUAGUAAUUCAUAUAAUGUUUAGCACCAAACUGGGGAUUACAGCUGACCAAAAGCUCAUCCAAGAAAGUGAAGAGAAACUUCACAAAGUUUUGGAUAUCUACGAAGAGAGGCUAUCAAAGAGCAAGUACUUAGCUGGUGAUUUCUUUAGCCUUGCUGAUUUAAGCCACCUUCCAUUUGUUCAGUACCUUACGGAUCCUCUUGGAAAGGAGCACGUGAUAAGGGAUAGGAAACAUCGAAGUGCAUGGUGGGAUGAUAUCAGAAAUAGGCCAUCAUGGAAGAAGGUCCUUCAACACUAUCCCCCUCCAGAUCUAUCCUAA